UCGGAAAGCAUUUUAUAUCAAACAUGAAAACAAUCAGCUGACCAGAUCAUCAGAUAUGGCAUUUGCUGAUAGUAAAAGUAGAUUUGGAGAUAAUCUAGGCAAUAUGUUUUUAUGCUCCGUAUGUUGUGAGAAGUUUAAAUCUCCAAGAAUUCUGCCGUGUGGUCAUUCCUUCUGUCAUUCGUGCAUAGCCUCGGCUGUAAACUCUUCCUGUGAACACAAAGAGGCACCUGUGGGGUUCAAUUGCCCUUUAUGUCGAGAUUUUAUUCCUUGUUUCGGAGAUCAAAAAGAGUGGGUAAACCAUUUUUUUCUAAAUAAAACAUUAACGCAUGUUAUAGACAUAUCUGAGAAAAAUCUUUGCGGAGCUUGUGAAAUCGAAAAUGAGGAAACUCAAGGCGUUAACUACUGUUUUGAAUGUUGUGAAGCUAUGUGCGAAACGUGCACUAAAUUUCACAAGAAAAGUGCAGCAUCUCGAAGACACACCGUCUGUCCUUUUAGCAGCGCUUUGGAUGCAUGUAUGCAACAAAAUAUGAACAAUUUGUGCGUAAAGCACCAAGAAAGACUUGUUGAAUUAGUCUGCAACGACCACGAUGAACCUUGUUGUUUGCUCUGUGCAGCAACUCAACACAGAACAUGCCACAGUGUCGAGCCAAUAGAUGUUGCUGCAAAGAAAAUCAGAGAAAGUAGUGUCAUUCAAGAUAUCGUCAGUAAGUUAAAAGCUUAUGAGCAAAAACUUUCAAAAGUAAAAUUUUCGGAGGAAAAAAAUAUUGAUGAAAUUGACAAAGAAUCUGAGAGAUUAGGAGAGGAGGCUGAAAAGUUGGAAGAGGAUAUAGUAAGAUACGUCAGUGAAUUAAAAAAUACAUUCCUUAAUAAACUUGCGAAAAUGACAAAAGCUAGCAAAGAAAAAAUCAACAAAAGCACAACAAGCUUAAAUGACCAGAUACAGUGCAUCAAAAAAUGUCAACAUUCGCUAUCAAACAUAGUCGAAACCUCAGAUGUUGCGAAUCAAGUCGUAGAAGUCUGUAAAGCUAAACAAAUUGUUGGUCAAUUAAAAUCGUUUCGAACAAAGGAAGUUCACAUUUCUUUAGCAGCUCAAGAGGUUCCUGGUUUCAAAGAGAAUAAGAAGAAAACGUUACUAUUUCCUAAAUUACAGCAAUUUGAAGUCACAAAUGACAUAGUUCUUGAAAUUGAUAUUAGGACAGCAAUGCUAAAAAAAGGAGUAUCAUUUUCAGUAAGUGGUAAACAGAUAUAUAACGGCUCGUUUCUCCAUGACGGAACUAUGAUGUUUCCGCAAUACAUUAAGAGCGGACAAUGCUUUUUAUUUAAGAAAAAUGGCACACAAAUAAAGCAAAUUGAGUUUGGUCAACAUCCUUUAUGUGUUCGAAAUGAUGGAGAAGAAAUUUUUAUUACAAGGGGCAGAGAAAUGAAAAUCAGUGCAAUUUGUUCCAAAACAUUUCAACAUAUUCGUUCAUUUUCCACGACGAAAAAAUGCUUUGGACUUGAUGUUUUCAACAACCAUCUGUAUAUUGCAUGCAUAGACUCAAUAGAAGUGGUGGACAAAAGCGGCACUCUAAUUCAAUCGCAUGCUGUUGAGAAAAGUGUUGAAUGUGUUAUUGUCACCAGGCAGGGAAAUAUUGUUUACAGCGCCUGUGAUAAAGACAAAGUGACAUCCAUGGAUAAUACAGGGAAUACAUUAUGGACGUACACAAGUCCAAAUCUGAGAUUUCCGUACGGCUUGGAGAAAGAUUCAAAGGACAAUAUAUACAUUGCGGGCAAGGACAGUAACAACAUUCACGUGGUAUCACGUGAUGGGGAUCCCCUUAAAGUGUUUGAUAACAUCGAGAAGCCAUGGUUCAUAAUGAUUCCCCCUGAUGACGACAGUGUUUGCUGCAUCUGUAGUGAUAACACUAAAAUGACCGUCUAUCGUAUAACAUAAGUGUUCACGGCUGCGCUGUAUAAAUGGAGAAAAGCAGUCAAACACAAACUUUAUUAACAGUCAUUAUUAAUACUGUAGAGAACACGCACAGUGUUGCAUCUAAAGAAGUCUUAAGAAUAAAUGUAAUAAAACAAUAUCAUUUUUUAUUUAAAUUUU